AUGCUCUUCCCCAGAUCCACUUUCGUUCUAUAUGAGUACGAUCCCAGCCUGGCAGCUGCGGUGAUAUUUGCUGCGCUGUUCAUUUUGACCACGGAAUUCCACUUCCAUCAACGAUUUCGGAGCCAUGCCAAGUACUUCAAUCCCUUUAUUGUUGGAGGAGUGUUCCAAGUAAUUGGCUACAUCGCUCGCGCCAAAGCCCAUUUCGACCAGACCUCAACGACUCUAUACUCUGUACAAACCCUUCUUCUUCUACUGGCACCAACUCUCUACGCAGCAUCGAUAUACAUGGUCUUAGGGAGGAUCAUCACCUUCCUGAAUGCGCCACAUCUAAGCGUCGUUCCCGUGAAUUGGAUGACAAAAAUCUUUGUCUCCGGCGACAUUCUGUCUUUCAUCCUCCAAGGUGCAGGCGGCGGCAUAAUGGCCAACGGCUCCACAAGCUCCAUGAAAAUAGGCCAGUGGGUCAUUGUAGUGGGUCUAUGUGUGCAGCUACUUUUCUUCGGAGCCUUCUUAAUUGCCUCCAUUACCUUUCACUGCAGAAUAAACCAAAACCCUACAGCAGAAUCAGAUAAGACAAUAAGCUCCGCAAAAAGGUGCUUGCCGAAGGACUGGAGGGGUCUACUAUUCGCAUGCUACUUUGUCAGCGUUCUGAUCCUCAUCCGAUCGGUUUACCGUCCUAUUGAGUCCAUGAAGUUUUUUCUAUAUCUUCUCGACGCGUCGAUGAUGUUCCUGGUCAUGUUGACCAUGAAUCUGUUUCACCCGUCAAUUGUUCUGCAAGAUGGCGUUUAUCAUCAGCAUCUUGAUCUUGAGGAACUUAGCUUGAGGCGUGAGGGUGGAGACGAGUGA